AUGAGAGAAGAGGACAACUGUAGUGAUUACCCCAAGGGUGGCAUGAUUCCUCGGAACGAGGAUGAAAACCUGCGCCCCAGUAAAUGUCCUGUCGUGACCCGAAAGCGGGUGACCAGCCCUAAGAAGGAAAUCGAUGCUGAUCUUCUUCCAGAAGAUAAAAUCACCCUACAAUCAAUUCCCACUUCAUCCUUUCCUAAACGUCCCAAAAAGAAUUCUCCAUCUCCAUCUCUUUCAUCCUCAUCUACAUUGUUGGUUCCACUGGUAAGCUCAUUGUCUCCUCUACCUACUCAGCAGUUUGAGGAUCUGCACUCACAGAGGGUCAUUGCCAACGUCAGGGAACGCCAGCGUACCCAGUCCCUAAAUGAUGCUUUUGCUUCUCUGAGGAAGAUCAUCCCCACACUACCCUCUGACAAACUAAGCAAAAUCCAGAUUCUUAAAUUGGCGUCACGCUACAUAGACUUUCUGUACCAGGUUCUGCAGAGCGACGAUGGCCAAAUGGACUCCAAGAUGGCAAGCUGCAACUACUUGGCACACGAGAGACUGAGCUAUGCCUUUUCCGUAUGGAGGAUGGAGGGAGCCUGGUCCAUGUCCGCCACCCACUAACCAUCCACAUCCAGCUCAAGAAAUCCUUUAAUCCAGCACCUCCUGACCUACAACUCAGC